AUGUUCUCCAAACUUCGUUCGAAACCCCAGUCCACCGGGACCAUGCAUAAGCCUGCAGUUGCCACCAAGGCCUCCCCUUCCAGACCUGCAGCCACCAAAACAACCUCUUCCAGACCUGCAGAGCGCAAGUCCAGCUUCUCCGAACACCAAUGGGACGAGCGCCAGUGGACGAAACCCUUCGCCUCUGCCACCACCCAGGUCAUGGCUACCCUGCGUUUCCCUCCCGACCACUACGACGAGCACGAGCUUAGGCGCAUAGCCGAAGAGGAGAACCUCUACGGCAAGGCCAAGGAGCACUCCCAUUACCACGGCUCCCCCAAGGCCGGCUCGUCCAAGCACCUCUCCGUCUCUUCCAAGUCGACGGCCACUGCUCCUUCUGCGAAGAGCUCCGUCUCGUCUUUCAAGAGCACUGCUCCUUCCACCAAGAGCACCGCCACCCUCUCCUCCAAGGGCUCCGCCUCUUCUCUUUGGUCGGAGCGCCCCAGCUCUUCUUCUUCCAACGCUACCUACGCCACCUCGUGGUCGGUUGACUCCUCGGCUUCGACUGUCAUGACGGACCUCAGCGAGGCCGCCUUCGAAUGCAACUCCAACCGCCCUGACUCGUGCACGCUUGGUGACUUCGAUGUCUACAAGCUGCGCAGCAAGAGGAGCGGCCCCCACCGCCCGGGCUCGACCGUCUCGUCCAUGUCCGGCACUUCCUGCGCCGGCACCAUCAACUCCCGCCCCAUGACGGGCAAGAGCAGCAAAUCUGGCGACAUCACCUUCCAGGUCGUCGCCGAGGAGGACGAGGCCAUCUACCUGCAGCGCACGCCCGUCCCCCGCCCUACCCGUCGCUUCCGCUGA